GCCUUCACUGAGACGUGAACUACUGUGAACAAUGGACGAACGAAUUACCUAAUACAACCAGAACACAACACAGAGCAGUAUGAUUUUGUAUAUUCGUAGUUGAGUCAAACUCGUAGUAUGCUUUGGCAUGCUCCUUAUCAUGGCAUUUUUAUAGAAUGUUGUAAAUAACAUCAUAUGGGUUAUUUACACCAUGGUUCAUAGUUGACUUCAGGUGAUUCGUGAGUGGUCGUGGCGAGGUCAGGUCAAGCUGGAGCUGGCGUUUUGCGUGAUAGGUAAUCUGGAUCAUUAUCAAAGUCAGAGUAAAAAAGGAACCCAUUUUUUUUCUUUUACAAUGGGUAUUAGAGGAUUAGCUACAUUCAUAGCUCAUAACUCGAGUAAAUAUUUAGAAGAUCAUGAAUUAAAAGAUUGUUAUUUAGUGAUUGAUGGUAAUAGUUUUGCUUGUCAGUUGUACUCAAGUUCAUCAACAUUUAACAGUGCUUUUGGUGGGGAUUAUAAUCGUUUUGCUGCCUCUGUGAUUGAAUUCUUUGAUGCCCUAAAAAAGUGUAAAGUUAUUCCUUUAGUUAUUUUUGAUGGAGGCUAUGAAAUAAGAAAACUAAAAACAGCAUUUUCAAGAAUAAGACAAAAAUGGUUUGUUGCUAGGGAUGUAACUCCAAUGUCUUCAUGUAAAAAUUCUGUUUUUCCAUGCUUUCUGAAAGAAGUUGUGAAGGAUGUUCUUAGAGAAUUGCAAAUCUCAUUUGCACAAAGUUUGUUUGAAGCUGAUUCGGAGAUAGCUGCAAUAGCAAGACGUUUAAAAUGCCCUGUGCUUAGUUAUGACUCAGAUUUCUUUGUAUAUGAUGUACUGUACAUUCCUUUUCCAACUUUGUAUCUGAAUCCAUGUUCAGAUAAGUCUUCUCAGUCAACAGAUGCAACAUAUUAUAUGAGUUGUAGCCUCUAUCGAGUAGAAAACUUUUUGAAACGAUAUGGUGGUCUUCAGAAGGAAAUAUUACCAUUUCUUUCUAUUAUGUUGGGUUGUGACUAUAUUGGAAAUAGAGUAUACAAAUAUUUUGUCAGCAAAUUGAAGAGAAAAACGGGACGUGUGACAAAUAAACGACAGCGAAGAAUUGCAAGUUUACUUGAAUGGUUGAGGAAUGAGACUCUAGAAUCGGCAAAAUCAAAGGUCAUAGGAUGUUUGAAGAAGCACAAAAAGGAAGGUCUGAAGUUUCAAAUCAAAAAAAUAAUUUCCAUGUAUGUACAAGACUCCAGUGAACUUCUACCAUAUCUAGGAAUUGAUGUUUCCUCUCUUGACAUGGAAUUAACGGAUGAUAAAAAGCAUGUGAUGAACAUUUGGGAGGAUCAAGGUUUGAGUGACGACUGCCUGAGAGGAGAUUCAGAUUCAGAAAAUAGAGACGACGACACUUGCAGCAGCAAUGAUAUUUCAAGUGAGAGUGAUGGAUCUGAAUUCAAUGAUGAAUAUAAUGAAGAACAAUCUGAGACUACUGGUGAGCAACAGGAAAUAAUUUGUUCAUGGGAAAUGAGAAAGGCUUGUACUUUACCUUCAUGGUUUCAUGACAGAUUCAGAAAGGGUACUCUUCCAUCUGCGUUUUUGGAUAUGGCUAUUCAUAACAUUUACUUUCUCCCACCUCAAGUUGAAGACUAUAAUUAUCCCAGUUCUCAUAUUAUUUCAUUAAAAAUUAUUGCUGUCAUAUAUGGACUCCUUGUUAGUUGUGAAUAUGUGAAGCCUCUUAGAUGUCAAAUUCGUAAACAUCAUUCACCAAAUCAUUGCAUUGAGGUUAAACCAAUUUUUGAGACAUUAAGUAUAAAAUUUUCCUUAAAUGAGUUACCCAGAUUAUCCAUAGCACAGAGAUUAUCAAUUUUAUUAGAAGUAGCUGGUUUAAAUUUAAUUGACCAAAAGAGAAUAUCCUCUCUUCCUGAAUCAUGGCAACUCUACAUUGUUGCUUUAGUGUUCUGGGCAACACAGGCCAAAGAACCACCAGUGAAUAGUUCACAUAUUAAUGCUGUACUUCUUUCCUUGAUACUCCUUGAUGUUGUAUCUAAGAAUGUAAUAUGUUUAGGUUCAACAAAAAAGAGUAGAAGGAAACAGAAAAAUAUGGUUAAGAAGGCGAGAUCAGGUCACAAUUGUAAUGUGCUGUUCACAUGUGCAUUGAUGAUGGGUAACAGAACAAAUGAAGAAUUGUCUGAAAACAUGUUUUCAAAUCAAGUAGUGGAUACUGAAUUUAGAAGAGGAAAUGUACAAGAUAUUUGUGAUACUGAAAGUAUUUGUAAUGAAGAAGUGAAAAUAAGUACUAAUAAUGUAGUUGAGGCACUUGAACAUGUGAAUCCAGAAGAAUGUAGUUUUGUGAAGAAAAUAUUGCGUCCUUUGUGUCUUGUGGAAGAGAAAUUGAAGACUCGACCCAAGUUAUUUUGUGUUUCAAUUGUACAUACGUUUGCACAGUUUCAGAGUUGUUUGUUGCAUUUCUCAUAUCUUAAUUCUUUAUUAGAAUACCCAUUACCUCAUUGUAUUAGUUUCAGAGCAUUUUCUGGUACAUUUGCUUAUAAUAUGUAUAACAAUCUGAAACAUCGAACAGAUGCUGUUGAAUACCUAUCUCAUUUAUUAUCUACUGCACCAUCUGUCUUAGCACUAUUCAAAUUUCUUAGCCAAGAAAUAAAGUGCUUGAUCCCCAAUGUACAAUCAGCAGAACAUAUAAAGAAAAAAACACGGAAGAAAAAAUUGCCCCGCAGAAUAGAAAAAAACACAAAUGCUUCAAGUGAGCAUGAGGAAAAUUUCAUAGAUGCAGAAAACCCUGUUGAUACAGAUUUUGAGGAUCCAUGUAAUCGUUUUGCAGUCUUAACAAUGAGACAGUGAUACAAAUUCAGAGAAAAUUGGGAAACAAAAAGUAUUGCACUAUGUGAAAAACAAUAUUGAAUUAAAUUAGAGUUUAAUAAAAUUUAUCAUAGUACUUUGAUAUUUUUUAGAAAUUAUUUGUUAUUAAUUACACAGUAGUCUGUAAAAUAUACAUCAAUGUUGAUUCCUGAAAAUUUCAUAUUAUUAAAAGAGGAAACCUAUUUAUUAUUUUUGUUACAUUCUGGCUAUUGUUGUGUAUAUGUUAUUACAUUUGUUAUCUGUUGAUUCCUUUAAAGGUUAAACCUUUCUAAUUAAUUAGUGUUUUGUAAAAAUGCUCCCAAAAUUUGUGAUAUUUGCAAUUUUUUAAUUUGUUACAUAAUUUAAUAUAAUAAUGUUUACUAAUGUACAAAUAAAGACAUUUUCUUCUCAGGAAGCUUUUUUUAUAUAGAAUAUUUAAAAACAAAUAGAGAUUAAUGUUACAAACAAUUGAUUUUUCAUUCAGAGAAUAAUUUGUAUUGUGAAAAUUAAUACAAUGUUUGUAAUUUCUUUGCUUAUUGCAAAGGAAGAAGUGAAGAUUACUUUUUUAAGUAUGAAAUAAUAUUUUUUUUUAUAUCAAUUUCCUAUAUUUGUAUUCAUGGCUUGACUAAGCUCCCUCACAAUUGCCAUGUAAUUGCUGUAGGAAAUGCAAUGAAUAACAUGACAUAAACACAAUUGAUGCAUUAUUUUCAUUUUUCAAAAAUUACACAUAUAAAAUUAUUUAGAUAUAUCAUUCACAUCAUGAAUAUUUAUAUGUUAUUGCAUUUUUGAGUGCAAAUAGUUCAAAUGAUUUCUUAUGAAGUUUCUCAGAAACUCAAACAUUUUCUGUGAAAAAUCGCUCAAAAUUGCAUGUUUGGAGGCACAGUUAAAUGUUAAAGAUAGUCAGCAUUUUCUCAAAAACGACUCAACAUUUUUCAGUGAAAAUUUGCAUACAGAAACUGGUUUUAUACUUAUACAAUAUUCUUAAAAUUAUAUUUCGAUUUCA